AUGGCACCUCAGAUUUGGUUUAUAACUGGCACCUCCACCGGGUUCGGUCGCAUCAUGACGGAGCAUGUGCUGAAGAAUGGCGGCAUUGUCGUCGCAACCCUUCGGAAGCCAGAGAUGCUCGCUGAUCUAACUCGCCAAUACGACAAAACUCGUCUCCUCGUCUUGAAGCUGGAUGUUACACUGUCUUCCGAGAUCCCUCCAGCAUUCCAGAAAGCAAUUGAUGCAUUUGACCGCAUUGACGUGGUGUUCAACAACGCUGGCUUUACUCUCAUCGGCGAGAGCGAAAAUACGCCUGAGAAUGAGGCUCGGAAUAUGUUCGAGACGAAUUACUGGGGCGCGGUCAACAUUAGCCGCGAAGCGAUCCGCGUCUUCCGAGAUAUCAAUCCUCCCGGGGCUGGAGAACGUCUCUUGCAGAAUUCGUCUAUCGCAGGUUUGGGCCCACUGGUUCUCUUCGGGCACUACACGGCAUCAAAGCACGCCCUCGAGGGAUUCUCAAAGACCCUGGCCACGGAACUCAAUCCAUCUUGGAAUAUUAAGGCGACGAUUCUACCUGGUCAUCAAAACUAUGACAAUGAAACGACGGCCUCGCUCCGCAGCGCAUUGGCGAUUGGAGAGUGUCCUGGCGACAUUGAUAAAGGCGUCGCGAUUAUCUAUGAUGUCGCCCAACUCUCGAAUCCCCCACUCCAUUUUCCGCUGGGCCUGGAUGGUGUAAAGGUUAUGAGGACAGCCGGCGCACUCUUGGCAGAGACGGCGACACAGUAUGGUCAGAUGUCCGAGGGCCUGUUGAGGGACACUAUGGGAGAAGCUGCUCAUGUCAUUAAAAUGCCUUCCAGUAGGAUAGCGGUCAGGUCCCGCUAG